AUGAGGAUCAUUGAGCUCGUGAUUGAUGGCUUCAAAUCAUAUGCUGUCCGUACGGUCAUCAGCGGCUGGGAUGAGAGCUUCAACUCAAUUACAGGACUCAACGGAUCCGGAAAGUCGAAUAUCCUAGAUGCAAUAUGUUUUGUCCUUGGUAUUACGAGUAUGAGCACUGUGCGGGCGCAAAAUAUCCAGGAUCUCAUCUACAAGCGAGGGCAAGCGGGCGUUACCAAGGCGUCUGUCACCAUCGUCUUCGAUAAUCGGGACACCAAAAAGUCACCGAUAGGCUUUGAAGAAUAUGCACAGAUCAGUGUGACCAGACAAAUUGUCCUCGGAGGCACCUCCAAAUACCUCAUCAAUGGCCACCGCGCGCAACAGCAAACCGUUCAGAACCUCUUUCAAUCCGUGCAACUCAACAUAAACAAUCCGAAUUUCCUCAUCAUGCAGGGUCGCAUCACCAAAGUCUUGAACAUGAAGCCUGUGGAGAUAUUAUCUAUGAUCGAAGAAGCUGCAGGCACUAGGAUGUUUGAGGAUCGCAGAGACAAGGCUUUCAAAACCAUGAAUAAGAAGGAGAUGAAAGUUCAAGAGAUCACGGAGCUAUUGAAGGAAGAGAUUGAGCCGAAAUUGGAGAAGCUCAGAUCAGAGAAAAGGGCUUUUUUAGAUUUUCAGACUACGCAGAGCGAUCUGGAGAGGUUAACGAAGUUGGUCGUUGCUCACGAUUACCUCAAGAACAGAGAAAGAGGCAAGCAAUCCGCAAACGAUCUAGAGCUUAAGAAGCAACGGACGGCUGAUUUGGAAGACGGUGCGAGGAGAAUGAAGAGCGAAAUGACACAUCUUGAGGAAGACAUCAAGAGAGUAAAAGCCGCAAGGGAGAAAGAGCUUAAGAAAGGCGGAAAAUUCCAGGCCUUGGAGGAGGAGGCAAAGAUGCACUCACACGAAGCAGUCAGACUUCAGACACAGUCUGAUUUGAAAUCGGCAAGCAUGAAAGAGGAGCAGACGAAUGGAACGGGACUCAAAAGUACGGUCAGAGAUCUCGAGGCUCAGCUGAAAGAAAAGAGCAAACUUUACGAUAAAUUGCAAGCACAAUACGACAAGGCCAAGGCUGAUCUUGACAGCCAAAACGAAGAGGUAGAAAAGAAAGAGGAUUUACUGCAAUCGUUACAGACAGGUAUUGCUGCAAGAGAUGGUCAGGAAAGCGGGUAUCAAGGACAACUUCAUGAAGCCCGAAAUCAAGUCAGCGCCGCAAGUACUGAGCAAGAGCAGGCUAGGAUGAAGAUCCAGCAUCUAGAAAAGCGAAUCAAGGAGGACGAGCCACGCGCCAAGAAAGCAAAGGAGCAGAACUCAGGCUUGACGAAAAGCCUGGAGACAUUGAAAGCUCAAGCCAAAAAGCUGGAAGCAGAACUCAAGAAGUCGGGCUUCGAGCCUGGCAAGGAAGACGAAAUGCAUCAACGCGAAACCUCACUCCAAAAACAGAUUAGAUCUUUGAGAGAGCAAGCUGACGGGUUGAAGAGAAAAGUGUCGAGCCUCGAUUUUUCGUAUAAUGAUCCUUCUCCAAAGUUUGAUCGGUCGAAGGUGAAAGGCCUAGUUGCACAAUUGUUCACGCUCGACAAAGACAAAACUAAAGCUGGUACUGCACUCGAGAUCUGCGCCGGGGGUCGGCUUUACAAUGUAGUCGUAGACUCAGCGGAGACCGGCACUCAAUUAUUGCAGAACGGCAAGCUGAAGAAACGUGUCACCAUCAUCCCGCUAAACAAGAUAUCAGCCUUUAAAGCAUCCGCAGACAAGAUAGGAGCUGCCCAGAAAUUGGCGCCAGGCAAAGUUGAUCUUGCCCUCUCUCUGGUUGGGUAUGAUGAUGAGGUGACAGCGGCAAUGCAGUAUGUAUUUGGCUCGACGCUCGUAUGUGAAGAUGCCGAGACGGCAAAAAGAGUCACCUUUGAUCCUGCCGUCCGUCUCAAAAGUGUCACGCUCGAGGGAGACGUUUACGACCCUUCGGGUACCUUAUCCGGAGGCAGCUCACCUAGCUCGAGCGGAGUGCUUGUUAUUAUGCAAAAGCUGAACCUUCUUACUCAAGAAAUGCAAGGCUAUGAGGUGGAGCUGGCAGAACUGCAAGGUGCUAUGGCAAAGGAGAAGAAGAAGCUCGAAAAUUGCAAGAAAAUAAAACAAGAGCUUGAUCUGAAGACGCAUGAAAUAACAUUGACUGAGGAUCAAAUUAAAGGAAACUCUUCGUCCUCCAUUAUUUCAGCGGUGGAGGAGAUGAGAGCCAACGUCGAGCAGCUAAAGCAAGACACUGUUGAAGCGAAAGCCAGGCAAACAGAGGCGUCCAAGGAUAUCAAACGGAUUGAAAAGGAUAUGCAAGACUUCGACAAGAAUAAAGACAGUAAGCUCGCUGAGCUGCAAAAGAGCGUCAACGACUUAAGGAAAAGUCAAACGAAAAAUUCUGUCUCGGUCAAGACCCUUCAAAAAGAGCUUCAGUCAAGUAGACUCGAGGCCGAACAAGCAGGGGCCGAUCUCGGCGCUGCCCAGGAUCAACUAGCAGAGGUUAAUUCGACUCUCAAAGCACAAGAGGCCGAGAUCAAAGCUCUACAAGGAGAGCAGGCUCGAGUCAAGGAUGCCCAAGAUCUUGCACAAGCAAAGCUAGAUGAUGAGCGCGCUAAAUUGACCGGCUUCGACGAAGAGCUGAACGCGCUUGAGAAUACGUCAAGGUCCAAAUCUCAACGGAUAGCUGACGAUGGUUUAGAGCUCCAGAGACUGUCACACCAAGUCGAGAAGUUUGUUAAGGAUCAACAAGCUGCUAAUCAAGUGCUUCGCGAGAUGGAGAAGCAGCACGACUGGAUCGCCGAAGAAAAGGAAAGCUUCGGUAGAACCAACACGCCCUAUGACUUCGCAGGCAAAAACAUCGCUGAGUGCAAAUCCUCUAUGAAAAGCCUGACCGAGCGCUUUCAAGGCAUGAAAAAGAAGAUCAACCCGAAGGUCAUGAAUAUGAUCGACAGUGUUGAGAAGAAAGAAGCUGCCCUAAAGAACAUGAUGAAGACUGUCAUCCGUGAUAAGACAAAGAUCGAAGAGACUAUCGUCAGCCUGGACCAUUAUAAGAAAGAAGCGCUGCAGAAAACAUGGACCAAAGUUAACCGUGACUUCGGCGCCAUCUUCGCAGAUCUCCUACCUGGCAGUUUCGCCAAGUUGGAUCCUCCAGAAGGCAAACAAAUCAGUGAUGGUUUGGAGGUGAAAGUUAGCUUAGGCAAGGUCUGGAAGCAAUCACUCAACGAGCUGAGUGGUGGUCAACGCUCCCUGAUUGCGCUCUCCCUAAUCCUCGCCCUUCUUCAAUUCAAACCCGCGCCCAUGUACAUCCUCGACGAAGUGGACGCAGCGCUCGAUCUCUCACAUACGCAGAAUAUUGGCCGCCUUAUCAAAACGAGAUUUAAAGGUAGUCAAUUCAUUAUUGUCUCGCUGAAGGACGGCAUGUUCCAAAAUGCGAAUCGAAUAUUCAAGACGAGGUUCCAGGAGGGUACGAGCGUUGUUCAGGCGUUGACGAGUGCGGAUAUGCGAUGA